CGUAUUGUACGUAUCAUAAACCAAACUAAGUCGACUACGGGAAGUUUUCAGUCUCACUUUCAGCGAUGGAAACUCCGAAAUCGACACCACAGGCCACUCAUCCACUGCUCUCAGUUUCCGCAUUUAUCCAUAAGAACUGGCUGCAAUUCGCCUCUGAAAUAACGACUCGGAUUGAUGAAGGUAAACGUUUCGUCGGUAAUGUGGUCACCAAUUUGCCGCAGCGCAGACGUGAUCGCCUGGUGCCUUCUCUCUUUGCCUCGGUGACGCAUGAAAUGUGGCAGCCAAAGCAUGCCUUCGAUAUUGCUCUAAACACCGACUACAUCGCCAAGACGCUCUCAGGAACCUCUGUGUAUACCGUCAGUAAUUCUAAGAACGAGUUCGUUCUUAUUUCUGAUCCCAAUAGCCUCAAAUCCCUCGGUCUCCUUUGUUUUCGUCAAGAGGACGCCGAAUCGCUUCUCGCCCAAGUUCAAUUGCGACAACCUGUUUUAGGAAGAGGUGCUCGGGUUGUCCCUAUCACCCUUGAUCAGGUCUAUAUGUUGAAGGUUGAAGGAAUUGCAUUCCGAUUUUUGCCUGAUCCUGCUCAAAUAAGGAAUGCUUUAGAGUUAAAAGCUUCAGAUCUCAGGAGUGGGUUUGAUGGAGUUCCUGUUUUUCAGUCUGACCUCUUGGUUGUGAAGAAGAGGAACAGGCGUUACUGCCCAAUAUACUUCCAAAAGGAAGACAUAGAACGAGAACUGUCAAAGGUCUCAAGGGCAUCAAGGGGAUCCAGUGUCUCUCAACACAUUAUGGUUGGAAGUUUGGAAGAUGUUCUGAAAAAGAUGGAGUUAAAUGAUAAGGGUUCUGGCUGGGAAGAUCUUAUAUUCAUCCCACCUGGUAAAAGCUACUCCCAACACUUUCAGGAAGUUGUAGCAGCAUGAUACAUUGGAGACCAAGCUUCUAUGAUUAUUGGAAAGGUCAAAAAAGUGUUACUGCAGUUUGCCGGCUUUGAAAGCAGGUCAGCUAUGAAGACAACUGAAUAUAACAAUAGAAUCUCUCUCUCUAUGUGAUACACAUUAACCUGAGGCUUUAUCCUCUGUCAAGCAAAUGGUUUCUUGACAUUCAGAUCAUUGACUGGAAUAUUGAAUAGAUUCUGCAAAAAGAUACCCUGCUACCCUUCGAUCUGCUACAAGGUCAGUAAAUUUCAGCCUGUGACCCGCCCUUAGAAGGCCCGUUUCAUACCUUCUAAAGUGGGUUUGUUGUAUGAUGAGUGUAUCAUUGAGUAUUAAUUUCAGUGUCUUCGAUCAAUUGCUCUAGAUUGAACCUUUUUUUGCCGUUAAGAAGUGAAUCAAGAGGUUUCUUCACUGAUACGCAGUACAAUCAGUAACUGCCUUAUUAUUUAGAGGUCUGCUCUCUUUUUGUUUUCCAUACAAUUCUCUAUAUGAUAUUCAUCUUAUUGUCCUUCCCAA